AUGGAAGAUACAACACGUUUAACAAGUGAACAUUCAAUAAAAUUAUUUAUUCAACGAGAUUAUUCUGAAGGUACAGCUGUUAAAUUUCAAGAACGUUUUCCUCCUGAACUUGAAGGAAAAAUUGAUCGUUCAAAAUUUAUUGAUAUUAUACGUCAUAUAAAUUCUAUUUAUGCCGAAGCUGAAGCAUUAUCAUGUAAAACAUUUAUGGAAAAUUGUUGUGCUUGUUUAACAGGCUAUUUAUUAUUACUUUGUAUGCCAACACAUUAUGAAAAGUGUGCUAAACGUGCUGCAAGAUACAUAUCAGAAGAGAAUGAUCGGACUCUUAAUCCAAAAGGAAUAUUUAUGAUUGAUCCAAUGGAAAAAGGACUUCGUUGUAUUGAAGUAUGUAUUUCAAGUAAUCGUUGA